UUUCCACCACCGCUCUCUGUUAUCGUGUUACUCUACAGCAAGUGAGACAAAUUACGCAGAUCAUCUUUCUCUUUCCAAAUUCCUACCGAUCCACUUCUUCUCUCCAUCUGCUCCUACUCGGUGCGUUCUGCUCCAACAAGGGUACAUGCUGUUUCUGGACAUAAAACCACAACACCUGCUUGCCUGCUACCGUAUUUCUAUCUGACUUGUCAAGGACAGUAAAUUUCCCAACCACUGCAGUAAAGAUGCAGAAUCCGGAUGGUCAAGCAGCGAAGCCUGAAACGGAGACCAAAGUAUCAUUACAGACUUCUGAGAUCAAUGACUGGACAAAUUAUAGGGAUGAUGAGGUUAUGCAGCAGCAUUCCGCCAUACAGGCAGAGGAAGCUGGGAAAAUCCCAUUUGUUGGUGAUAAGGAGCCUCUCUCAUCUUUAGCAGACGAAUAUGAGUCAGGAAACCCAAUUUUGUUGGAGAAAAUUAAGGUUCUGACCGAUCAAUAUGCUGCCAUCAGGCGAACAAGGGGAGAUGGGAAUUGUUUCUUCCGGGGCUUCAUGUUUGCUUACCUGGACCAUAUUCUGGAAUCACAAGACCAUGCAGAAAUUGAUCGCAUCACAGUCAGUGUGGAGCAAUGCAGGAAGACACUUAUUAGCUUGGGCUACGCAGAAUUUACUUUUGAAGAUUUUUUUGCGCUGUUCCUUGAGCAACUUGAAAGUGUUCUUUCAGGGAAAGAAGCUUGCAUAAGCCAUGAGGAACUUGUACAGAGAAGUAGAGAUCAGUAUGUAUCUGACUAUGUUGUGAUGUUCUUUAGAUUUAUUACUUCUGGUGAAAUAAAGAAGCGUUCGGAGUUCUAUGAACCAUUUAUUCAAGGAUUAACUAAUACCUCUGUGGAGCAGUUUUGCAAAUCAUCCGUGGAGCCAAUGGGUGAAGAGAGUGAUCAUGUUCACAUUACUGCAUUGUCAGAUGCACUUGGCGUCCCAAUCCGCAUAGUCUAUCUUGAUCGCAGUCAUGAUGAUAAAGGCAGCGUGAGCGUGAACCAUCACGAUUUCAUUCCUGUUGCGGUCACGGAUGCUAAUAGCGGUGGUUUUGUGGCGGUUACACCAUUCAUAACCUUGCUCUACAGACCCGGUCAUUAUGACAUACUGUACCCAAAAUAACUUGUUUUACCAGCAGUACCAAUAAGUUUGUGUCUGGUAAAAAUAGAAUCUCCUUGUGUGAAUAUGGUGGGAUGGAUGUUCUCUUGAUGAUGAUUUUUUAGACAUUAAGCAAAGUGAUGAUAUAUCAUCGCAUAUUUGAUGUUUUUAAUUCUUUGUUGAUGUGACCUCAGGUUAUUGAGUGUAUGAAGUAUAUUCCUUCAUUUUACA